GCUCACAAAAGGAGCGUAGACAAUGCAGCACUCUUGGGUCUGUGAAGUGCUCAAUGCACAAGGAACACGUGACUUCAUCCUCCAUGCGUCUGCUCACAAAAGGAGCGUAGACAAUGCAGCACUCUUGGGUCGGUGAAGUGCUCAAUGCACAAAAAACACAUGACUUCUUCCUCCAUGCGUCUGCUUACAAAAGGAGUGUAGACAAUGUAGCACUCUUGGGUCGGUGAAGUGCUCAAUGCACAAAAAACACAUGACAUUACCAAAAAUCAGGGACAUUUUGUUCAGGCGGUAUUUUUUGACAGCGGUCUCAUUUAGGCAUUACUGCGCAUGCGUCGGAAUAUCAGCUCACCCAAAACAAAAUGGCGGAGGGAAGACAGAGAUCAAGAAGAAUUGAUUAUAAAGCACUGAAUAAUGUUUCAUCUGCCGAUUUUAAUUUCGAUUUUCAAAGAAAACGAAAGUAUAAAAGUGGAUCAAAGGUAUAUGAUGUGGAAAGGAUAAUAAGUCAGCGAAUUACCUCCAGAAACGGGGAUAAAGAGUACCUAGUGAAGUGGAAAAAUUGGCCGAUUUGGACUAGUACUUGGGAGCCAGCGAAUCAUUUAACAGAAGCUUUGAUUAGAUCUUACCUAUUCCCUGUAAUAACACCUGAAAGACUAGAAAAUGCAUCAGCUUUGUUUUUGGAGGGGAUUACAAGCAUCUUGAAAUCCAAGGCAGUAAAAGCUGUACAUAGCACCGAAAUCCGUAUUGAUCAUGACAUAGUAAGAUACAUAUUUAAGGGCUGUGGUAAAUUAGCUGCUGACAAGAAGUCUAUGUUUUAUGAGAAAUCUGAUUUCAAAAGAUUUGGCCUUCCAGUGUAUUGGUAUUACUGCCUGGAUGAACAUGGACAAGGAAUUACAGUGGAUUUCCCCAUCAAAAUCAAAACUGUCCUUUCAUACACAAAAGCUUACUACAUAGUGUCAUGUGGGAAAUUAGAAAAGAGCCCAACAUCUCCUGUAGAAAAAAUAGUUAUAACUUUAAAUAGGAAAGCUUGUGAUCAGCACAAUUUGUUUGUUUAUUCAUCCAGAGUGUUACUCGUAGUUGCAGUAUAAUUUGAUUCUGUGUUCCUUCUUCUUUUCCUUGAGUCUAAAAUUUUGCUAUUCCACCAUUCCUCAUUUCGCUUCACAUAUUUUCUCUUCUCUCUUUCGUGGUGCUCUAGAGAUUUUUGCCUAGACUCCAAAAGCAGAAUGUCCUUAGCUGCAUCCCAUUUAUUGGACUUUUGGUAGUAUAUGCGCUUAGCAUCAUCGUUGUUUUUUUCCACACCUUGCCCUGAAAACUGUAUGAUUGGCCCAUGACUUAAGAUAAACUGGGGUAUGUGGUAUGGAACUGCAUGCAUGUAUGGGGUCACCCUGGCAUUACCAUAACCAACACGUUUCGCACCAAGCUUGGAAAAUAAUUCUAUCCAUGCUUUGGCCUUUUGGUGAAUAGAAUCUGGUGUAGUUUCAUCAGCAUUUGCACAGCAUAUCAGCAGGUAUAAUGAAUGGAAGUCUUCCCAAAGCUUUAUGACCUCAGACUUGGUUUCAUCAAAGAGUAUAUUCAUGGAUUUCAGCUUUUCAGGAAGAAAUUUCAUCAGCUUUUUUUUGUCAGAGCCAACUAAACUUGUCCAGUCUUUCUGCUUACUUGAUUUUCCAUCUGCAUUCAGUUUUUCCCACACAUUAAAUGUUAUGCCAAUGUCAUUAAUUGCUUUAAUUAGCUUAUCAAGGCCUAUGCCUUUACAUUCUCCUCUUGGUUUGUGCAUAUCUUCUUUGCUGUCUUUUUCCAUUACUUCAAUAAUCAAAUUUUCUGUCAGCCUGUCUGUUAUCCUUAACAUCAUAUGCAGUUCAUCCAGAAUGACAUGAUCUAGUUCAAUCUCAAAUAAAGGUGGGUUGAUACAACAAUAAUUCUCUUUCUUUUUUGUACACCACUCCUUAAGUGAUUUGAUUGUUCUUUUCAUUGUGUCUGAGUUGUAGUAUGUUGAUUCAUGUUUCAUAUUCCACCUCUGAGACUUGUGAACUAUACACCACAAACAAGCAUAAUCAGAAGUGGCACCACUGAGACCCAUUGAAAGCAGCAAAAAUUUCAAAUCACCCCCAA